ACAGCGCCAUGUCCGGUAUACAUACUCCUCCUCCGUCCUGGUCAUGAUCCGCCGCUUCUCCGCCCGUCGACACUCGCCGCAUCGAUAACGACCGCCAUUCCUUCCACGCCUGCGCCGGGCUCGAUCCUCUAUCCCACCCGCCGCCAUGGCGCCCUCCAACCCCACCUACACUUUCUCUCCGGUAACCUCCACCGACCGCGCGGGCAUCGUCUGGGUCGCGGGCAUCCUCUCCUUCAUGUUCACUCUCCUCGUCCUCAUCACGCGCUUCCAAAUAAAAGGCCACACGCUCGGCCUGGACGAUUGGCUGAUCGCCGGCGCAACCAUUGUCGCAACGGGUCAAUACAUCGCUGUCUACAUUGGAUUGAACGAAGGCCUGGGAACGAGCAGUACGCUCUUAUCGCAAGAUCAUGCGGGACGGUUGGCGCAUGCGGUGUUGGCGAGUGAGGUCAUGUUCAUCCUGGCGCUCAUGUUGAGUAAAUUCAGCGUCUUGUUCUUCAUGAAGAGGUUAUUCACAAAGGAGCAUCGCGCGGCGUGGUUGUGCUGUAACCUGGGAUUUAUCUUGACGGCGAUCUGGGGUGUGGCAUGUGCGAUUGGGAUAAGCGUGGGUUGCGGGUCGUAUAUGAUGUUAUACGGGCCCGCUAGGUGUGAUGGAAAGCUCGCUCGCUGGUCCGUCACAAUCGCCCUCGAUGGCGCUCUCGAAGUCGGCUAUGUCGGCCUCGCCGUCCUCCUCGUGUACCCGCUCCAAAUGAAACGCACCAUCAAAGCGACCGUGGUCUUCGCCUUCUCCUUUCGCCUCACCUGCGCCAUGCUCGCAGCCCUACACGGCUAUUGGAUAUCCCUCUACGUGCACUCCUCCGACCCAGGUCUCGCCAUCGCCGACGUCCUCGUCUGGCAACAAGUCGCGCUAGGCUACGCCCUCAUCGCAACCACAAUUCCCACUCUGAAGAACUUCAUCCGCGGCUACAACCACGCCCUCGGUGGUGACUGCAGUUCCACCGGCAAACGAGGUCUAGGAGGCGGC